UUUAGUUAGGUCUGGUCGGCCCUUCCGCGGAUCCGCCAAGUCGACGAAUUGGAUAGAUCGGUCUGCGUUGAUGGUAAUGGCGGGCUUGACGGUGUAAGAUCUGUUGAGAAUGCUGGUCGAUCUGUUAGAAUGAAAUUCUUCUCCCAAUCCAGUCUGUGUCCAGUAUGGCUUGAGAUCGUUGCAAUCACAGUCAACUCACACACCCCUGUUUUGUCCAGUUCACCAAGGACAGAAGCAAAGCAAACAAAAUAAUGAUAAUUGGAAAUCAAACCCAAAAAAAAAAAAAAAAAAUAGUGUGGGAAAAAAGGGAGAAACAGACAGACACACUAAAAAGGAUAGUGGAUGGGAUGAAGGGAUUCCCGUAAUUGAUCCAAAAUGGGGAACGGGACGACGGGGAAAAGAAAGACAGACGAGAGAGAGGGAGAAACUGUUCUCACUAGUCUCAGUUUAUGUGGUGUGUUCUCUAUGUUUUAUUAUUUUUUUUCCCUCUCUCUCUUUUUUCUUUUUCUUUUUUCCCUUUUGGUUGGUGGUUGUUUGAAUGUUUUGAUUUCCAAAAGAAAAUUGAUAGAGCAGAAGGUCAAGUUACUCACAAGCAAUCCCUCUUCAAAGCUUCCGUGCUUUUUCUUUUAUAAUCAAUCUCCUCUUGUUCUUUCUUUUUAUAUCUUUUCUCGGUCUUCUUUGGUGUGCUCCUUUCUGUCGACUGUAAUUUUAAUCCUUUUCUCAAACCCUUCCUCCUUCAGCUGUGGCGGAGGCAAAAAAAAAAAUACUCAGGAAAAAGGUGGGAAGUGGAAACAAAUUAUAAUACAAUGGGGAAUCUGAGGCUUUGCCCAAAAGGGGAGUUGGGUUCCUAUUGGUAGAGA